AGAAGGGUGGUUUUUGGGGCAGGCUGUCUGGGGUAAGGCCGAGUGGAGCUGCCUCUCCACUCAGGAGCAGCUCAGCUACAGGCAGUGACAGUCCCAGGAGGUGGUAGGUGCUAACUGUCCUCACCAAAUGGGUACAUUUCAGCCUGCCCUUGGCCAAACUGUGUCUGGUUCGUAGUCACAAGAGGGAAAAAAAAAAACUCAUGGACUGAGCACAUGGCCUCCCAAGCUGUAGUCUUGGCUCUCAGUCUUGGUGUUGAACUUGGUAGGUUGUUGAGCCUUUGUGUGCUUUGGUAUCUCCAUCUAUGAAGCAGAGAUAACAGUUGGCUUCAUGCAGGGAUUAAUUAUCGCAUCUUGUAGUCACGUAUUUGUUUAUUUGUUUUUACUAUAGAUUACAGCUGGAGGAAUUCUAAACAGUCCACUUCUGCUUGUCUUGGUGUUUGAGCGCAUUGUGCUCCUGUCUGAACAGAGGAAAUCACUGAGAGCUGCAGCUCUUCACUGGUUCUACAGACCUGCUUUGUCACAAAGUGUCAGUAACUCUGCAGAAUUCACCGUGUCCUCUGCUGUGCUUGGGAUCAACCCAGCCACCUCUCUGAAUGUAGUAUCUUGGCAGAGCUGUCUUUCACGUACUAAGGCAUACCUCGGGUUCAAGUAGAAUCCUGCUCUUACGUCAAGCUCAAACCUCAUCGCUGCUCCCUGCGUUCAGCUGGAAACGGACGGACACCAUUUAUGCCUGAAUAUCCUGAGUCACCGAUUCCCAGCUGGCAUGUGCGCUGCAGUUCCGUCUCUUCCUUUCCGACUGCACUCCCUAGAGGAGAUUGGGAACAAUUGCAGUCGUCGGCUCCAGCGUGGCGUGUGCUUGUCGGGAACCACACAAUUGGUGGACAAUCUCUGACUAUGUCUAUGGGGCUACGGAGAGCUAAAUGGUAACGCAGGAGAAAGAGAAGUGUCACUGAAGGGCCUGUGCUCUGAUGAAGCCACCGCCCCAGGAUCCAGGGUACCCAAUGGCAGCCAGCAGCUCGUAGAUUCUAAUGUCCCCCCAAAGCAGACCGUGAAGGCCGGUGCUUUGGGGAAAGCUGGAAUCAAAACCAAGAACUUCAUUCAGAAAAAUAGCAUGGACAAAAAGAAUGAGAAGUCUUACGAAAAUAAACUUAGAGAAGGCCAGUCCUCGGACAAGCCAGAGGGAGUGUCUAUUCCUAACGGCGUGGUAACCAAUAAUUCCAGCUACAUCACCAAUGGCUACGUAGGCAAAGGGGCCGAUAACGAUGGCAGUGGCUCCGAGAGCGGAUAUACUACGCCUAAAAAACGGAAAGGCAGGCGCAACAGUGCCAAGGGUUGUGAGAACUUGAAUCUAGUACAGGACAAAAUAAUGCAGCAGGAGGUCAGUGCACCAACCUUGAAACAGGAACUUGAGAGCUUCAAGCCCGAUUAUAGUGAACAAAAGGGGAACCGAAUUGAAAAUACUAAGCCCGUUUGGAAAUAUGAGGCUGGGGCUGGUGGAGCAGGCCGGGGAAAGCCUGGGCUCGGGGAUGUACCCCGGAAAAACUCUGAUGCCAAACCUGGGAUUAGCAGCAAGAAGUUUGAUGACCGGCCCAAAGGGAAGCACGCAUCGUCGGCUACGUCUAAAGAGGACUCAUGGACCUUAUUUAAACCGCCCCCAGUUUUUCCAGUGGACAAUAGCAGUGCUAAAAUUGUUCCCAAAAUUAGUUAUGCAAGUAAAGUUAAAGAAAACCUCAACAAAGCAGCUCAAACCCCAUCCACUUCGUCAUCUUCAUCAUCUUCGUCAUCUGCCGGGGAAACUCAGGCCCAAACAUCAAGUCGACUGUCCCAGGUCCCCAUGUCUGCUAUGAAAUCUGUCACCUCUGCCAGCUUCUCGAACGGGCCGAUCCUCGCGGGGACCGAUGGAAGUGUGUAUUCCCCAGGGACCCAGCCACUGCUCUCAACUGCUGCUAGUACUGUACCAUCGACCUCCUCCGAGUCAGUAGCCCAGGACAUGAGUACAACUUCGACAGCUCUAGAACAAAAGAAAUCUGGCCUUUUUGUCUACCCUUCAAAUAUGCAAACUGUGCUCCUGGGUGCAGCGCAGGUCGAUUUCCCUUCGCAGGCGAAUCAGCAGAACCUGGGAGAUAUCUUCCAGAAUCAGUGGGGCUUGUCUUUCAUAAACGAGCCCAGCGCUGGACCCGAAACUGUUGUGGGCAAGUCUGCGGAUAAUCAGUUAAUGGAAGUGACAUUUCAAGGGGAAUAUCCUGCCACUUUGGUUUCACAGUGUGCUGAAAUCACUCCCUCAGGAACUGAACAACCUGUGUUUCCUAAGGCUUAUGAGCUGGAUAAACGGACUAGCCCUCAAAUUCUUAGUGCUAUUCUUAAGCCUGGGACUGCUGUUGAGGGUGGUGUCUUAGCUUUGGAGUCGCAUCACACAGGUGACCUACAAAAGGCAGACACCGGUAGCCAAGGUGCUUUAGUGUUUCUUUCAAAAGACUAUGAAGUAGAGAAUCCUCUGGCCUCUCCUACGAACAAUUUGCUAUCCUCCGCCAAAGAACAGAGGUACCAGAGAGGCCUAGAAAGGAAAGAUAGCUGGGGUUCUUUUGACCUGAGGGCUGCUAUUCUAUAUCACACUAAAGAAAUGGAAGCGGUUUGGAAUUUGCAGAAGCAAGAUCCCAAAAGGAUAAUCACUUAUGAUGAAGCCAUGGAUCGCCCGGGUCAAUGAAGGUAGCAAGACAAGACUGCCUGUUAUAACCUUUCUGCAGCAUUUGUGCUGUUCGUGGGGGACAAAAAGGCUUUUAUGCUCCUUCUAAAUCUUCAGUGCAGCAGAGGAACCAUAACUAGAAUCACAGGAUAAUAUAUACAAAUAUAUAUAUAGUUAUUUAAAAAUGGCAACUGAAAGUAAUUAGACUUCUUAAGGAAUCUGAAAAUUUAUUUCAACGAGACUACACACGUGAUUAUUUAAUCUCCGGUACUGAAUAGAUUUUUUUUUUUUUUUUUUUUCAUUUUUGUUUUGUUUCUGUUUAAAGAGUGAAAUGCAAGUGAUUAAGGAAUACAGACUCAAUUACAAGCCCGGUUUCAAAGUUCCUGCUGUCGUCUACACGGGCAACAGCAACCCACUGGAGAGGCAUUUCCACUUGACAAGGUUUCUGUUUCUUGUUCUGUGACUGUAGUGACACACUAAUCACAGGGAAAUCAGGAUGAUUCACCAUCCUUCAUCUCCCCUUUCCCUUUCACCUCCCCCAUUUAGUUUCCUUUUUUUUUUUUUUUUUUUUUUUCCUGGUUUGUUUUCCAUUGAAUGCUGGAGAAACACCUUGAAGUUUGCAGAGUUUCUUUUUUUUUUCCAGAGAAUUAUAAUCCGCAUGUUUUGCCAGGAGUAAAGCAGCAAUCCUAUGCGGGGCAUAUUGUCUUAAACAGCUCGUUCUGCUGAGGGAAAGAUGGUAAUACUGCAGUUCUAGGAUGCAUGGUGAAGUCACACAGUUGACCUGGCUCCUGUUACACGUUGGACUAUUGCAACUGAAGAGUUAUUUCAUUUUAAAAGACAACAUGGAAAAAUAAGCAAUCUGUUUAGGCAUUUAAUAUGGGGAAAAAAAAAAAAAAAAACCCAACAAAAAAAAAACCACCCCACUGUUCCCACAGUUUAAUGCCAUUGUAUUACUGGGAGCAAGAAAAAAAAAAAAAAGACAAAAAAAAAUGUAUCUUCUGCUUUCAACUGUAGGUGCUUCAUAUUUGCUCUGUCUGUCUCCUAACACUAAAUGUGCUGGAUUUUUUUCCCAUUUUCAAUGGAAAACUGAAGAGGAAUUGAGUUCUGCUAACUUUCAUCCUUCUUGAAUUAUUUUUUUCUCUUAAAAAAAAUAUUUCAAAAAUAACAAAAAAAAAAAAGAAAAAGUUUUAAAAAAAAAAAGAAAAAAAAAGAAAAAUGGGAAUUUGAAUCCUUUUCAAUUUGUCCAUAGAACGCCAACGGCUGGGCUUCCUGCCCCGUGGAAAUGCUCUUUUAUAUUUUAAUGCAGUCUGUGUAUUUCCGGGCUCUGCUUCUAAUUAUCUCUUAAUAAAAAUAUAUUUUAUUACAAAAAAAUGGAGGACUUAGGAAUGAAAAUAAUAAUUUAAAAAAUAAUAAAAAAAAAAAUAAUCCCAGGGAAAGGAAGGCUUCCUAGCAGUGGUAGGGAAGGCUGAGCAGAGUGCAGGCUCCAGCUGUGUAACUGACUCUGUCCCAUUGCAGCUUGUGUAGAGUGUCCAAAUCAUCUGGGGGUCGGGUAGUUUUUCUGGGGUUUUUUUUAAAGACGGAAAGGUCACGGGGUCCAGGGCAAGAGUGAGAAGUGAAUAAAGCAGAAAUGGAUUUGCUGAUCAACCCCAGCUCCACACACACCCAGUGCUCAUCGUGGGUGUCUGUGGCCAAAUCCUGGCUCCUGGUUAUCAAGGUCAGCAGCAGUUGGUGUCUCCUAAAAUUAGUCUGGACCCUGUGGGGCAUUACAGGAAGCAGAUAAACCCAAAACUUUUGCAUACCCCUUGUGCUUAGAUUUAUCCAUCAAGCCAUCAGGCUCGUGUCUGGUCACUAGUGGGGGGUCCUCAGGGCUCCAUCCUUGGCCCAGCUCUCUCCAAAGUCUUCAUUAACGACCUGGACCAGGACUUGAAGGGAUGCUAAGUAAGUUUGCUGACCACACUAAAGUGGGAGGAGCUGUCACCUCUUGAGGGCACAGAGGCCCUGCAGAGAGACCUGGGUAGAUCAGAGAGAUGGGCAGUCCACCAACCAUUUGAAGUUUAGCAAGGGCAAGUGCUCAAUUCUGCACCUGGGACGGGGCAGAAUGUGUGUCUAAAUUGGGGAAUGAGAUGCUGGAAAGCAGCACCUGGUCCGUGGUCAGUUGGCCAUGAGUCAGCAGUGCCCUGGCAGCCAGGAGGGUUAACCUUGUCCUGGGGGGCAUCAGGCCCAGCAUCACCGGCCCCGUGAGGGAGGGGAUUGUCCUGCUCUGCUCUGACCUGGGGUGGCCUCACCUUGAGUCCUGGGGACAGUUUUGGGCACCAAAAUAAAAAAAGAUAUUAAGCUGUUAGUGUCCAAAGGAGGCUAUGAGGAUGGGGAAGGGUCUGGAGGGGAAGCCACAUGAGGAGCAGCUGAGGUGGCUUGUUCAGCCUGGAGGACACAGGGAAAACCUCAUGGUGGUCUUCAAUAUCCUCACAAGAGGCAGCAGAGGGGCAAAUACCGAUCUCAUUACCAGUGACAGGACCUGAGGAGAGGGCAUGAAGCUGAGUCAGGGGAGGUUUAGGCUGGAUAUCAGGAAAAGGUUUUUCACCCAGAGGGUGGUUGAGCACUGGAACAGGCUCCCCAGGGAUGUGAUCACAGCACCAAACCUGUCUGAGUUCAGGAAACAUUUGGACAUCGCUUUCAGGCGCGUGGUGGGAUUGUUGGGAGUGGCCUGUGCAGGGCCAGGAGUUGGACUCACUGGUCCUGAUGGGUCCCUUCCAACUCAGCAUAUUCGAUGAUUCUAUGAUCUGCUUUUUUGUUUUGUUUUGUUAAUUAGGAGUAUGUAGCAUGUGUUUUUUUUUAAUUGUUUUUAUACUUUUAACAAGAUUGUUCCUGAAUGAGACACUUGGGUUCAUGGUGGGACAAUGAAACUGAGUUCUGUACCUUGUGUAAGACGUUAGCUUUCUGCCACGCUUAGUUUUAAACGUUUGACUAUGGAUUGCCUACUCCAUUUGAUGUAUCAACCACUAUAUAGUAUAAUACUGAGUGUGAUACUAUAUAGUCAUCAUGUAUUGUAUCAGUCCAGGUUCAGAAAUGUGUGGUUGGCCAGUCGCAAAUAGUUCUGUUUCACUUAUAAACUGUACCACCUUUACAGGUGUGUGUAACUUUGAGAUGUAUAACAUGUUUACAGAUGUGCCCGACAUCUAGUCCUCCAACAUCCCUGUUUUUAAUUCUGUUGAGUCUCCCAACUGCUUGCCAAAAGUCGGAAUUGCCUCCAGCUCUGCCGCCGAAGAGCUGGGGCAUUCCUGAGCUUUAAAGUGUUGAACAAACUGGAUGGUGGGGAACUGGGAAAAUUAAGGUGGAAGAAAUGUUCUUUUUCCUUUUUAUUAUUAUUUUCAAAAAGUUGAAGGCUAGUAGCAAAGUUUCCAGUUUGUUUUACUGGCUUUAAGGCUCUGCUGUGUAUUUAUUUGCCUUGUGUAGUCACUUGUCGCCUUAAGGGCUAGGUUCCAUUAAAAAAAAAAAAGAAAAAAAAGAAAAAAAAGAAAGAAAAAAAUAACAAAAACACCCUGUUUUGCUUCCCUGGGGUCUGUGCUGUCCUGUACCCCUAUCCCAGAUCUGCACUGGGGGCCGGGGGGAUGCAGGAGCUGAGCAGCACUAACUGGUGCUGAGGACCCUGCGCCUUUAAAAAGAUCUGAGUCUUGCUGAAUAUUGGAGGACUCUCAUCUUGGCCUAGUCCAGUCUUUCAUUUAAAUAGCAAAAGAAAUGCUGAGAGAAACAUGGUUCAAGAGAUGGGUUGGCUUGGUUUAUCCUUGAUGCUCAUCCCUGUGGCUUUGCCUCGCUGUGCGUGGCCCCUCGCCAGCGGGACCCAUCCAAAAACACCCUCGGCAGCACCUUCUCUGCUGUAUUUCUGACCAUCCUCUGUUCAAACGUCUGUCUUUCUGUCUCCAUGAGCUCCAUGGUGUGUGCUCAGUGCUAAGCAGUUAGGAAUUCCUCUCUCAGCUCCUGUAGCUCCGGCUCCCCAGGAUUUCUGGGAUAGACUAUUGCCUAGAGCCAGGCAGGACCGUGGAAGGAACUUCCUCGUGCUGUCGUGUAACUCGCCCUGUCGUUGUCUGCAGUCCUCCCCAAGUCCUCACACAAUUCUUAACUGAGCACUUAUUAAAAAUAUCUUAAGAUUUAAUCUGUUUUCUGAUUAUUUUUGUGUAAACUUAUAAAAAAAAAAAAAAAAGGAAAAAAAAAAACCUGAAAUCGAGCUGUGACUAAUUUAGCACAUUGAAAUAACGAUAAGGUGUUACUGAUAAGUCUCAUGUUUUGUUUUUGUUUGACUCAGAGUAUUAGUACUGUAGCAUAAACCAAAUACAGCCUGGGAAGGGGAGCAGCAGCCUCCUGUCCUGGGUCUGCACCCGAGGGUGUCUGCGGGGGCGAGGAGCCAGCGGUGCGUGUGAGCAUCUGAUGUGUAAGGAGAGCGAGCGUGUAUUUAUUUGUGCCAUUGUUUUCAUUACACUGAGUAAAGUAAGUUUUAAAACCCCCUAAGUAUGUGUAGUAUUGGAAAGUGGCACUAAGGGUGAGAUCAUGACCUAUUUUUUUAUUAGCUAUGAAGAUACUAAUUCAGGUUAAGGAUUCUCUCUCAUUUCUGUUCUUGUUGUGAGUCUCUUUCCUCCAGUUUCCUUGCCAAGCUGUCUGUUUAUUGGAGUGAGGAUUCCUGUGAGGACAGGGGCUGUCUCCUUUCUCCUCUGGUUAUUCCCCACCAUUCCUUCUCUGCCCGCUGGUUCUUCUGGGCAUUUCUUAUACAGGGUCUUGUGUAACAGAGGCUGAAGUGCCAGCCAGAUCCAGCUUGGAAUCUGCUUUCUCUUUGGUGGAUCAGGGAGCAUUUCAUCUGCUCCAAGAGGUAAUUUAAAAACUGCUCUGUGCUCCUGGUGGCAGUGGUUUGGGGCCUUCAGCCUCUGCUCUCUCCCACUUCACCUGUCUGGUAGAUUGGAAAUGUGUUGUCUUUCAAGGUUGGAGUUUGGUUUUGGUUUAAAUCCACCACAAUCCUCUGUUAGAAAUCUCUUUUCUCUUUGACCAGUGGGUAGUUCAGGGCAUGAAUUCUGCCACUAACCCACUUCAGACCUUUCAGAACCAUUAAAUCCCACUGUUUGUCUUUGGUAGCUGCUGUGACCUUCUUUGAAAUGUGGAAAGAAACCCCAUUUCUCAUUAGGUGUCAAGUCCACCGGCUGUUUGGUGGCUGGGAGCGAUGACGGGUGAACCAGCCAGCUAAACGGAAAGGAAAAUUGCUUCCUCUAGGAAGAAAGAAAGAAAGAAAGAGAGAUGGAAGUUGUCCUCCCAGUUGUGCAUGGAAUUAGUGCUUUCACCUUCAAGAGAGCAUUACCAUAGCACCAUCGCAUCCUUUCCCAAGUGGCCAGUGGGUGACCUCAGGGACAUCUGGGAGCGAUGGCAUUCACAGCCGUGUUUCAGAGCUGCCAGUAGUUUUCCUGUGCAUUGUUUUUUGAUCUUGAUUCAGCAUCUUCAGUAAAUUGCUGUGGUGUCCCAAGCUUUCAGUAGUCUUAUCCUCUCAUCCCUAGAAGAUUUUUCUUCCGUCCAUCCGUUGUGAUUUGUUUUCCUUACAGAGGCUGUUUACAAGGGAGAUGGUCAAGGUCAGGAGGGAAGAGAGCAAGGAUCCACCCAAUUUAAAGCUGCUACACAUUUUCUCAGCAGUGUGGAAGGCAGGAGAAGGGCUGGUGUGGUGGAGUAGCCGAAAAAGCAGAGUAAUUCUAGCUUUGGCCACCACCAGAGCAUUUUUCCGUGUGGAAAAGCCCUAGUGCAAGCAGUUGGGAAGCAGGAACCUGGGCUGGUGGGAAGGAGGAGAUUUUGGUGUGCACUGUGGAUGUGCUGCCUCCCAGGGAUUGCAGAGCUUUAGAGGUUUACCCAGUACAUGUUACACCCAAGGAUCAGGCUGACUGCCUCUGUCCUGCCUGAGACAUCCUCAAAAGUGGCAUUGCAGAGCCGUGGAUGUCUGGGGAGAUACAAGAACCCUGUGGUGGCCUCAUGUCCAGGGCACGAGCCUGCUCCCUGUCCCAGGACAGGAGCAAGAGAUCUGCCUGUGCCCUCACCGGGGGAUGCUGAGCUGGAUUUGUCCUGACUGUUAAUCAGAAAGCUUCAUAUAACGUGUCCAGAGCUCUAAAGCCAUUUUGUCAGAUAGCAGUGUCCCUUUUCUACAGCCUUAUUAAUGAGUAGAGUAUCUUUAAAAACAAAACAACAACAAAAAAAUUUCGCUCAUUUCUUUCUGUGGUAUGAAAUUUGUGUACUGCGAACUUCUGAACGUUUAGCAAAACACAACUAACCGUUUUCUUAAAAAAACAAACAAACAAACAAAAAAAACCAACAAAAAAACCCCAACCUGUCUGCUUUCCAUACGGUCUUUCCUCAGGUGCUAAAUAAGGGUUCCAAAAAUGGAUACUGCUUUAGGAGUUUCUGCUUUAUUCUUAAAAUACAUAUUUUUUUGCUUAGGUGUUGUAAAGAUAUUUUAACAAGAAUGUUUGGGGUUUUUUUUUAAUGUAAAUAAGAUUGUGUCUUUAAUUUUUUGUUGUAUCUCCUUUUUGUCCACAUUGAAUAGUCUAAUUUUCAUUUUUAUCCUUUUGAGAAGGACCCUCUUAUGCCCUUCCCUGAAGACAUUUCAUUGAGUGUUGCUGCAUUUUAAGAACGAACCUACAACUGUUCAUUGUCUUGGAUUAAUGCUGCUGCUGCUAUAAGUAUAACCCUGAAAAUCAAGAAUGUGUGAUGCACUUUUGUUUUUCUUUUUUUGUUUUGUUUUGUUUUUGUUUUUACCAUGACCAUGUAGUUCCUCUGCGGAUAGUUGAACCCUCCUGUGACACAGCCACUAACUGCGGGGAGCGUGGGAGCUGGGGGAGCCGGGGUGUAGGACAGGGGUGUACCUGAUCUUGGUGCUGACCUACGGGAAUUUCUAUGCAAACGCAAGCAAAGGAGAACUCUUUUAACUUGAGAGAACACUGUGCAUUUUUAUUUUUUUGUUAUUUUAUUUUUUUUUUCCCCCCCACCCUCCUCUCCUUCCUUUUCUCAAGCUGCUAUUGGAAGGGUAGUGCAAAUCCCUGAGGUUUUCAGCUUCUCCUUCCUCCGUGGCUGGUGGUGCGGGAAAGGUGCCUGAGUAAUUUGUGAGGUAGAAAAAUCUCAGUCAGCUCUUGUCUCGCCUCCGGUUUUAAUAUAUUUGUUUUCUGUUUGAAUUUAUCUUUAGAAGGAAAUUGCUCAUCUCUACGAAAAGAUCUUUUGAAUGCUUUAUCUCAAUGUGAAGUUAACCAGCAGUAUUAAGGAUUGCGUGGCCUCUGCACUCCUGACUCCUUCUCCAGCUGCCCUCGGCUGCUGGAGAGCACUUGGGAUUGGAUGUUUUCCAAGAAAAAAGCAAAGUGAAGCCAUCCACCCAGCCAAAACCUGUCGGUGAAAGGCUUAGGGAGUAGUGGGGGGAUGGUCUCGCUGCAUCAAGGCACUGCUGUGGGGCACAGGCAGGUCCAGAACCUCUUCUUUGCAUGGGUCACUCCUGCACCACGGCGGGGGAUGUGUACCCUGAGGGAGGAGUUUACUGGAGGGGAAAAAAAGGGAACUUACUUGACUAUUUAUAGAAGAUCCUUUAGGAAAAUAAAAGGACCUCUCUGUAAAGUGAGGGAAGAGCAAGGAAGGUCUAAAGUCGUGUAGGAAAAACACUUGGGGAUUACAACUGCCUGGAAAAUAGUCUAUAAAUACAUAGGCCAGAGCUCUCUGCCUGUUUUAAGUAGUUUGUUCAGCAUCGAUUUUUUAUUUUUUUGGCCAGCGUUUGCUCUUUUACACACCCAUGUGUGUGUGUACAUCUGACUCAAUGUGCCUUGCAUGUGUGCUUAGUCUUUCUGAAGAGAUUUGGUGGUGUGUGAGCUGGGGGGACGUGGCUGGGAGGGCCGGGCUCCCGCCGGCAGCACGAUGGCCGCGCCCCAUCGACAGGUUUCUUAGUGUCCCAGUGACCCUUUGGAUCAAAACGAGACCUGGACUCCAGCCUGUGUUGGUGGCUGUCUUAAAGUUUUGGGAUAAUGUCCUGUAGGGUGGCACCUGUGACUUUGGAGGGGAGUGGGAGGGAGAGAAAGAGAAGCUGCUUCGCUCUUCUCUUGUGGACAAAAAUCAGCAUUGCCAUGGUUUGCCGGCAGAGCCAAAACAAGCCAAGGUCUGGAACCGGCUUUCCUGGAGUUCAGGCUCUCUGCGGCACCAGGAUCCCAUUAUCCAGGGGAUUUAUUCCCUGCCGGGUUGUGGCUCUUGUUUCUGUGGGGUUUUUGAGUUUUUCUGUAAAGGAGAAGUAAACACAGCUUGCUUAAAGUUCGCAAAAUUGAAAUGCUUGUGUUUGCAGUCAGUGACUCACAACUCCAAGCUGUGCAAUUCUGGGUUCUCCAUCUCCCGCCCCGGCGUGUGAUUCUGUCCGAGUCUUUCUGUACUUCUGCCACAGUAAAUGUGAAAGCUUGCUUGCAUUAUUUUUUAGAAAUGCAUUUUGCACACUCGGGUUUCGCUGAAGCUCCGUGAAAAGGUUAGUUUGAAGCAGAUGAAUAAAGCUAUGCACAUGUUUUGAAAGUUUUAAUUUGUGUCUCAUUACCAGAAGUGACUUAUCUGCCCUCUUUUGCAUUCCUGUGCUGUCAUUGCCUGCAUUCUCUUCACCAUCUCGGAGGGUAUGAUGUAAGGUGACAGUUCUUUGCUGACAGCUGUAGCAGAAAACUGGCGCUUCUUGAUUUUUUUAGUAGCCUCUCUCUCUCUCUCUCUCCUUUGCUUUCUCUGUAUCUCUCUGUAUAGCUAUAUAAAUAUAUAUAUUAUUUUUUUAUUUUAAAGAGCCUACUUUAGGAAUUGAAUCGGAGGGAGUGGGGUGUGCUGGCUUGUGUUUCAGAUACACUUUGUACUGUGGGAUGAACCAGUGCCCUUUUUGUUUCUGGUGAGAGCGUGGUGUGGUACCCGCCGGUGUCCCCAUGGGGACGGGGAGAGGGGCUCAGCCCCACGCAAAGCAGCUUUGGGGAGGGAGUGGAGACCAGUCCACUGCGCUGCAGGCUGGGGGUGUGGGCAAACUUGAGGCUUCUAAUGACAAAAUAAACCAAGAGGAACCCUACUGCUGUGUAUUCCCACUGUGAGGCAGGAGGGACAGCUUUCCUCACUAUCUCACUGCAGGGCUGGAGCAAAGGGUGGGUUCCCUUGGGCCUCGGGAGUGAGAGCUUUAUUUUGGUUUUGUUUUCAUGCAUUGGGUUGCAGGUACCACCUUUGGAAACAUGUUGCUUAGCCCAGAGCCUGUGUGCGGGAGAGUCAGGAUUUGGUGACGGGAGAAGGGCCCUGACAGCUUUCUCCUCCUGUUCCCUUCACCGUGGCAGAAAUUUGUACUAACUUGACAGCUUUUUUUCAUACAGAACAGGGCUGCUUUUCUAUCUACCAUCACACGUGUACUUACACACCUUCAGCGGCUUCCCAGCCUCUGAAGGUCCUCGACUUGUUUACUGGGGGGAUGGAUGCCCCUCUCUCCCCCUUCCCUGAAUAUUUCAGUGUUAAGGGCGGUGCGAAACAACCGCGGGCUUCGACUGCGAGCUGGGGCCGGAGAGAUCCCUGCAGGCGGAGCCGCUGGGGCCUCUCCUCUCCUGCCCCCCCCUUCCCCGCCGAUAAGUUCUCAUUUUGUUCCUGGUUUGUAUUAAAAUCGCUGCGAGGGGUUGUGCUCUACCUGCUCAGAAGCUGAAUUUACCUCUGACCUGCAGAGAGGGGCAGCCCCUCUUUGGUGUCGAUGUUGUAGUGUGCGACCACACGGAUCGGUAAAGGUAGUCUUUGUUUCCUUCUCCCCUCCCCGGUGAUUUCUGAUUAGGUUAAUGCACUCUGUGUGCCCAGCUGGAAAAGCGUAGGCGUUUUCCUGGUGGUGAGAGGGUGGCUAGAGGAGUUAGUGUAAAACCUGCUGUAGCUGUGUCUGGCGCAGCCCCUUGCGCUGGUGUGGGUGAUGUCACGGACUGUAAGGAUAGGUAAUGUCCAUGAGCUGUAAUGGCAUGAUGUAUCUUUACCAAUGAUGUCAUACUUCACACUAAAUGUUUAAAAAAAAAAAAAAAAAAAGGAAAAAAAAAACUUACCUGAAAUUUUGUUUAUUCUGCACCAACAGGUCUUCAAAAUUUAUCCAAAUUUUAUUAUUUUAUCAGGAAAAAAAAAAAAGAAA